AAUCCCAGUGGGCGCCUAGUCUUUCUGUGCAGGACAGCAGCAGCAGUUCAUUCUUCAGAGGACUCAAGUGGGGAGGAAGUGUUCCUCCAUAAUCUGCAAACAUGACUGACGCGCAGUCAGAAGCGCGGUCCUACCUCAGCGAGGAGAUGAUCGCUGAGUUCAAGGCCGCCUUCGACAUGUUUGACUCUGAUGGUGGUGGUGACAUCAGCACCAAGGAGUUGGGCACUGUCAUGAAGAUGCUGGGCCAGACCCCGUCCAGAGAAGAGUUGGAUGCCAUCAUUGAGGAGGUAGAUGAGGAUGGCAGCGGCACCAUCGACUUUGAAGAGUUCUUGGUUAUGAUGGUGCGCCAGAUGAAAGAGGAUCAGGCCGGAAAGAGUGAGGAAGAGUUGGCUGAAUUCUUCAGAAUCUUAGAUAGGAACGCGGACGGCUACAUCGACCGCGAAGAGUUUGCCGAGCUCAUCCGCAGCGGCGGCGAGGCGGUGACGGACGCCGAGAUUGACGAGCUGAUGACUGAUGGUGACAAAAACCAGGAUGGCAAAUUGGACUUUGACGAGUUCCUCAAGAUGAUGGAAGGUGUGCAGUAAAUAUCUGACCGACAUUCCUCUUUGCAUUUUCACCGUCACCCGCAACCCGUUCCGCUUCUAUCAUUUCUCUCUAUCACUACCGCAACUGUCUGUAAUCUUCAACGAGCCUCAGUCGACCCUGCAAAGUAAUCCUCUGCAAAGCAAGCCUUUUGGAUAAUCAAGAUACAGUAGAACUGCUUAUAAAGUCGAACAAGGACCGCCUUGUAAACCAGCAUAGCAAGAGCUUAUGAGCAGCCUGCAGGAAAGCCAUGCACGUAAAUGGAAAUUUGCCAGCAGUUGACACCAACAGCUAUCGAAAUUCGGUCUGUAUAUACAUUUGUGAAUAUGAAGGCUUGAAUAAAUAUCUGUGGACUUUC